AUGUUCAACUGGGCCAAGCAACAACUGGCCAAUGUCGCUGGCACCCAGGAGCCUAUCUACGGCCCCUCUGCUAUCAAGUCUGUCGCCACAGAGGCCGAGAAGACUCCCUACACUGAGAUCUCUCGAAAUGACCUGAAGUGGCAGGCCAUGGACUCUACAUCUGUUGAGACACACACCUUUUACAUCUUUGGCGAUAACGGCCACAUCGCCCUUGCUCAGCUUAUCUAUAGUAACGUAGCUGGCAUCCGAACAACCUGCCAGUUCAACGCAAAGGUCUUCAGCUCAGACCCUUCCAAGCCCCACCUCUGGGCCUCUACACCCCUCAACAACCACGACUUCAACGAGGACAAGACAAGUUUCUACGCCGACGACUGCGCGAUCGAGCUGUCCGAGGAUGGCACCUACUACACCAUCAAGAGCAUGAACGACCCCAACGCCAUCGUCAACCUCAAGAUCACCCGCUCUACACCUGGUUUCCAGGCCGGAACCACAGGAACAACUCUGUACGGUACAGACAUGGAGAACCCAUGGGGAUCUAUGCGACACGCCUUCUGGCCUCGCUGUGUUUCUGAGGGUACCAUCACCACAAAGGACGGCCCCAUGGAUUUCAAGGGCAAGGCCUUCUUCGCUUACGCCCUUCAGGGCAUGAAGCCGCACCACGCUGCAUCUCGAUGGAACUUUCUUAACUUUCAGGGCCCCACCUAUUCAGCUGUGCUGAUGGAGUUCACCAGCACUCCCUCGUAUGGCUCUACCCUCGUCUGCGUGGGUGGUAUCGUCAAGGAUGGCGAGAUUGUCAUCGGCGGCGUCGACAGCACGGCCACGCACACCCAAGUCAAGAAGGAUUCAGAGAACGACUGGCCUGAGCCGAGCGACGCCAAAUACACCUGGGCCGGAAAGACCAAGGACGGAAAAGCCGUCGAGGCCUCGGUCGAGGGAUCUCUCGGGGAGAGGGUUGAUCGAGUUGACGUCAUGGCCGAAGUCCCCGGCUUCGUCAAGACCAUUGUCGCAGCUGCAGCUGGCACAAAGCCAUACAUCUAUCAGUACCAUCCCAAGCUCUCCCUGAAGCUGAAGAUUGGAGAUGAGGAGAUCGUCGAGGAGGGCACCAUCUUUACCGAAGCUACUUUUAUCUCAUGA